AUGAAGCGAUUCCUUCGAUCGUUGCGGAACGAAGCAAAUAGCGACUGUCAAUACUGUCGAGAGCUGCAUGAUGGACAACUGCGGAUCUCUGCCACAGAGCUCAUUCAGGGCUUGCUAUGCUGUCCGGCCUGUCAAUUGCUCUAUCAAUCAAUUAGCCCUUCGGACCUUAGCGAUCCCAGAAUUGUCUUAGCACACGUCCGCUUAUCUGGUGACUCGCAAGUCUCCCACACUUUCGAUCCGAAGUCCGAGGCUAUGUCUCGCCAGUUGCGCGCAGAAGAGGGUUUCAGCAAAGGAGGCUGGUUCGCCGGCCCUUCAUAUCCUCCUGCGGCUACUUACUCCCCGGUGGAGCGUACAGUGGAAUUGUUUAGUCUUGAAGGUCACACUUCGCAUUGGCUUAACAUUGGCACUUCGAGACACAUAUCAACCGCUGCAGAUGCCCCUGAAUGUCUCGACCUCAUCAGAACCUGGGUGUCAGACUGCGACAGGAAACAUCGAGGCUGCAAGAAAACCUCAUCCGCAAUUCUCCCUGAUCGAGUCAUCUUUGUCGGCUCCGGAGCCGAUCCGCACCUCGUCGAAUCCCAAGGCACUUUGGGGAAGUACAUUGCUCUAAGCCAUCGCUGGGGAGGCGAGGUGCCACUGCAGUUGAAGAAGCACACCGCCAAUGACUUCAAGCGAGGCAUUCCUUUCUCUCAAUUCCCAAAGACAUUCCAGGACGCCAUAACUAUUUGCCGUGCCCUGGCAGUCGAAUAUAUCUGGAUCGACUCCAUUUGUAUCAUACAAGACUCGAAGGAAGACUGGGAGAUCCAGGGGUCCAAGAUGGACCAGGUCUAUGCCAACUGUUUCCUUACCAUAGCAGCAGACGCCGCAGAGAACAGCCACGCGGGAUUUAUCAGGACUUCUGAAAGGCAGGACUUGAGGACCAAGACCCGGAAACUAGUCUGCUACGGCCCAAAAGGCGAAAAGAGUGAGAUUUUCGUCAGGCCGUGGAGGGAGUUUGGGAGCCUGGGUGGAUUUGGACGGCACUACUUCGAGAGCCUAGAGCGGGAAGAUCUCAAGCCCCCUCAGAGAUUGACAGACCAAGGCAGCUAUCUGCUUAGACGCGGCUGGGUGUUGCAGGAAACAUUCCUCCCCCCUCGUGCUCUCCAUUUUCUCCCGGGUGAAGUCACAUGGAGGUGUGCCUCGGUCUCUCGGUGUGAAUGCCAGCUCCGACCGCACGGUAGCGUUGUGCAUGAACCUCUGGAUCGUGAACGACCCCGGGAGAUCAGCUCCGAUGAUCUGAAAGAGUACUGGAAGGAAGUCAUCGAGCAGUACACGCGACGUCAACUCACUUUCCCCUCGGAUCGGCUGGCAGCUCUAGCAGGUUGUGCAAGCCGUGCUCACUCCAGUAGCCCGGACGUCGACUACUACGCGGGGUUAUGGUCAGAUGCUCUGCCAUCCACGCUUCUGUGGGUCGUUGACCGGCCGCCAGUCAACUCUGGGGGACAUGGGGACUGUGACAGCCAUCGGAUUGAGCCUUCUAUAGCUCCCACAUGGUCUUGGGCUAGCGUUACAGGUUACGUCGACUUUCUGUUUUGGAAACGGAACUUUGAUCGCGGGAGUUGGGCAAAAAGUGCUCCUGAUUUGACGGUCGUUCAUAUUCACUGUCCGCCUUUGGGCCAGAACAAGUAUGGCAGCGUUGGCGAUGCGAAAUUGACGGCGGAGGGGUAUCUUUGCAAAGUACGUGUUUGGUUGACGGGCGGAUCCAAGUGGCAUUUCCCGUUCAAGAUGGAAGCUCAAAACCUUGAUGGAACGCUUAGCAAGGCAUCUGGCUUCUUUUAUCCUGAUACAGAGGAGGUUCUGGCGAGUCUACAGAAAGAGCGUGAAUCCGGGAUGUCGAUGAUGGUGGUCAGCGUUUAUGAGUCUCGGCUGUUCCUUGUGCUGAGGCAGAUCGAAGAGAGCCAGUUGGUAUUUGAGAGGAUAGGGGUUUGUCACUGCCAUGUAAGCGACGAAGUGGUACUUUCAGAGUGGGGACGCAGGGAGCGAUUCACGAUUGUCUGA